AUGGACAUAUCGAAUAGUCCAGAUUUAUUAAACGGGCAAAGUUUGAUAGGCUGCGCUGUGCUAGACUUGCGAUUUCAUUUAACCGACCAAUAUUUUUGCUCCAUUAAAAUCGUAUUAUUUGUAAAAAAAAUUCCUGUCAUUCUCCCCUCCUCCCCUUCGUCUCACCCUCUCCCUCCGCCGUCGCCAUCGUGCCACCGCCGCCUCCUCCACCUCCUCCGCCACCGCCGUCGCAUCGCCGUCUCGGAGGUCGGAGCUCGUCCGCCUCCGCCUCGCGCCGUCGCCGAGCGCAGCCGUCUCCGCCGAGCAACGGUGAAGGCGGGCGCAGCCUUCAUCAGCGACGAGGUCGUAGCUCCGACGACCACGCCACAGGCGGCGCAAAGAGCUGACGGCCCAGAUCCUGGCAUCGGGAGCCACGCCGCUGCGCCCGCCGAUGGCGACGGCGAGGAGGAGGAGGAGGCCCCGUCGCCGCGUCCGUCCUCCGCCGGCUGCUACACCUUCCUCCGCUCCGCGUCUCGCCGCGGCGGGCACUGGCGCCUCGACUCCUCCGCCUCCGCGUCCGCGGCGGCGCAUGUGGUCAGGGUGGAGGUGGGGACGACGAAGGGAGAGAGGAACUUGUUCCCCCGUCGACCUGGCCGUGCUCGAGGCCGGGCCGGUGCGGCGCCUCCUCGCGGCGGCCGGGCGGCGGACCCGCGGUGGCGUUCGCCGUGGACGCGUUGCUGUUCGAGCACCUGUGGUGGCUGCAGCCGACGCCGACUUCGUCCCUCCCCUCACCAUCGUGGGUCAUCGAUUCCCCUAACAGCCGACCCCUCGCGCCGCCCGACUCCGUCGACGUCAUCCCUCCCCUUGCCAUCGUCGGCCGACGCGCCGCCACCGCGCCGCCGCCGCCCUCCCACGCAGCAGAUCCAUGCCGCAAGACGUCCAUCGGCCACAACCGUCGCUGCCCUCCCCUGCAGCAGAUCCACGCCACCGGCCGCCGCCCUCGAUCACAACGUGAUUUGGAGGUGGAGAAGCUUGGUGUGUUACGAGUUCAUUCUCAAAUCCGCUACCCUCGAUGACAGCCCAGGCUGCGGCUUCUUCGCCAACACCAGGGUCAACCUUGCCAACGAUAUGCGGACGCCAUCAACUUCAUCUUCUUCACCAAGAUGGACAUUGGUGGGUUGUUGUGCUGCCUUCAAUUAUGCAGGGUUGGGUUGGACUCUAUGAGGGUUUCGAGGGCGUGUGCAUUUGUUGACCAUGGCUGCGGGUGGUCCUCACACCAACAGCGGCCGGUGACUCCAUGAAGUAUCUUGUCUGGAUGGACGGUGAGUGAAUGGCUUUCUUUUUUAACUUUGUGACUGGCCCUAAUUGCCACCUAUUUCUAUACAUUCACCUGUUCAUCCAGCGAUUCCAGAAUGUGGCAGUGGCAGUGCGGCUUGCCUUGAUUUGGUUUGUUGUGCUCCACGAUUAUCAGUUCAGAAUGUCAGAUAAGUGAAGCUGGGAUGUCGGUAGCGGUCGUUGAAGUGGCUGCGGCGACGAUUGCUUCUUCCUUGGAUGGGAGCCACCGUUCGCCGACCUUGCUGCCGCCGACGCCCGCAUAUCCUUCCAUGUCUGUGUGCCAGAGGUAAACGGCAGUUUCUUUCUGUUCUUCCACCGUUUGUGCUGAUGAAUGUUGUGCAUUCCCUCCUUGUUUGAGCUCGGCCAUGGAGGAGUCACCGGUAUCUCUGGGCUGGCGGUGCUAGAACAGUACACACGGUCGUGUUGCCGGUGGAGCUGGACGGCCUUUUCAGGGAUUUGUGGGAUGCAAGCAGCAGCAGAAACAGCGACCGAGCACGUCCGAUUCCAGCUACGUUCAGCGUCAUGUAUGGGAAGGUGGGGAUCAGUGCCGACACACACCCCCAGUUCUACCUCCGAUUAUUUCUUCAGCGAUAGUCUUAAUUAAUAGCUCUUGUGGGCAGUCAUUGACAGGCAUGGUGUGUACUUAACUGCUUAUUGAAAUGGUCAGGUUUACUUUCCAUUCGUACCGGUU